AUGCGUCGUACUCGUUCCAGUGCAUCAGCUGAGACUUCUGUACCUCCAAAACGUUUACGUUCUCUCCGAUCGUCUUUACAAAAUCCUCCUCUUUCACCCCCUUCUGUCACGUCAUUACGUCGUUCAUUACGUCAUAUCAAUCCAGUCACAAUUCCAUUGAAACCUAACGAAAAACCCAUUCAGAAUCAGGAUCAGGAUCAGGAUAACCAUGACAAUGAUAAAAAACAGCAACAUGAUGCACGAUUAACCGAGUAUGAACGGAAACGUCGUGAAAAUAUUGAGCGAAACUUGGCUUUCAUGCAACAAAUGGGGGUCUCGACUGCUAAAAUUGCAGCGAGGACGGCGGUCGAUGAUGUUCCUGGCUACGAGGCAAAAAAAGAAGAACAAAAAGCUCUUAAUCGAGCUCUUCAGGCUGCUAAAAGGGCGAAACGGGUGAAUCAACCGGUCCGGAAAUCAAGACGUCUUGAGGGUAAGAAGGUUGAGGUUCAACCCAUCGAGUCUAUUGACCAAUUUGAGCUUGAAAAGAUGCGAGGCCCUCGUGUUCCUCGAGGCAGUAAUCUUCAUGUGAUGGAUACAGUGGAUGGAGAGAGCAAAUCUUUUUUAGAUGGGAUCACAGCAGAUCUUGGAGAGGAAGAACUAGAGGAAGAUAUUAUCUUGGAGGAAGAUGAUGAUGGAGUGGAAUACUCGUUGGCAAAUGAUGAUAUCAUUAAAGCAGUGCAGGAACGUAUUUACUCGGUAGCAUUUUUGCCACGGCCGGACCGUGUCGUGGUUGCGUGUGGAGAUAAAAUGGGUCAUGUAGCUCUAUGGACACCACCAAGUGGAGCGGGUAUGAAACAAGAGAACUCGGUCUCGCCACUUGCGGUUUACAGACCCCACUACUCUCCGGUGACUCAACUGAUCUUCCCUGACUCAUCUAAGCUAGUCUCGAGCAGUUUUGACGGAACUGUGCGGGAGUUUGAUCUCCGUGCUGCGGAAUCCUUGGUCGUGUAUGAUACGACUGACGAUGCAGGUAUUUCAUCGCUUGUAGCAGCGGGCACGGCGCAGUGCUAUUAUGCAAGCUGCGAUGAUGGUACACUGCGACUGAUUGAUCGGCGCGCACAGAGGUUGCAAGGCUCCAGCUAUCAACUGCACGAAAAAAAGAUCAAUACCGUGCACCAGCACCCAAGCCUCGACUACUGUGUGGCAACAGCUUCUUUAGACCGCACGGUGUGUCUGUGGGAUGCUCGUAAAAUGUCUUCGACGAAAAACACGCCGUUGGUGGCAUUGCCACACUAUCGCAGUGUCAAUUGUGCCUACUUCUCACCUCGAGAUGGCGCAUGGCUGGUGACGGUGGGCCAGGACUCGUACAUCGACAUGUUUGACACCUCAAGCCUUGCCGAGCGUAAGACUUCGGAUAGGUCUGCGAUUACCCUGCCCAACUCAAUCCGCGUUCCUCACAACAACAUGACCGGACGGUGGCUUACCAAGCUUCAUGCAGCUUGGGAUCCCAAACGACCAAACCAGUUUGUGAUCGGCUGCAUGGAACAGCCGCGACGAAUUCAGAUUUUCCGUGCAGGCCGUCGCCGCCCCGUGCGUGAGCUGAUGAGCGACAACUUUGCGUCUGUCCACUCUAUCAAUGCUUUCCACCCUCAUCUUGAGCUGAUUGCAGGCGGUAACUCUUCUGGCCGACUUGCGUUAUGGCGGGGUAAGAAAACAGGUAAAAGUGAUGAUGUCAAGGCCGAGGUCCAUGUAAAGACUGAGUGA